CCCCUGGUCCGGCAAGUUCCCUGGUUAGUCACCGGCCAGGCCCUAAGGUGCCGGACCCGGGAAAUACGACCAGUAACAGUGACAUGGAAUAAACCCGAUCAACGUUUGUUUCUUUGCACCUUACCAGGAUUUCCAGUUUCCAAACCAGACCUCCACUCCUGGCUGGAAGGAAGGGAGGAGCCGUGGGUCCCCGAUCUCCAGGGCUGGGAGGAAAGGGAGAUCCCAAACGAUGCCCACACAGCAGGUGGUGGGACGGUGAGUGAGAAUGAGGAGGAGAAUCCUCAACAUGAAGAUCCUGAGCGAGUGGAACCACAGGGGACGGUAUCGAGAAGAGGUGAAGGGGACGUUUCCGAGAGUCCCAAGCAGGGAGAAACCCGUGAGAAUCAGAGCAGCGCAGAGAGGCAGCAGGGAAACCACUCGGAAGAGACACUGGUUAAAUCCACUCACAGCAGAAGAGGAGUGAAGAAAGUCAAAGAAAUUAUUCAACAGAGAAUCCCCACUGGAGAGAGACCCUAUGUGUGCGGUGACUGUGGGAAAAGCUUCCGGUACAGAUCAGAGCUUAUUAGACAUCAGAGAAUCCACACGUGCGAAAGACCUUACAAGUGUCCAGACUGUGGGAAAAGCUACAGACACAGGUCAACCCUUAGUGGGCAUUGUACACUGCACACGGGAGAGAAGCCCUAUAACUGCCCUGACUGUGGGAAAAGCUUUGGUCAGCGCUCACUCCUUAUUCAACAUCAGAGACUCCACAGCGGGAAGAAACCCUACAAAUGCUAUGAGUGCGGGAAAAGCUUCAGUCGGAACUCAAACCUCCUAUCACAUCACAGAACUCACACAGGAGAGAAACCCUUUAACUGCCCUGACUGUGGGAAAAGCUUCAGAUACUGGUCAACCCUUUUCAAGCAUCAGAGAAUCCACACAGGAGAGAAGCCCUAUAACUGCCCUGACUGCGGGAAAAGCUUUGGUCAGCGCUCAGCCCUUAUUAAACAUCAGAGACUCCACAAAGGGGAGAAACCCUACAAAUGCAAUGAGUGCGGGAAAAACAUCAGUCGGAAACACCUCCGAUCACAUCAGAGAAUCCACACAGGAGAGAAGCCCUAUAAGUGCGCUGAGUGUGGGAAAAGCUUCAGGAAUAGCUCAAUCCUUAUUCUCCAUCACAGAAUCCACACGGGAGAGAGACCCUAUGAAUGUAGUGAGUGCAGGAAAAGCUUCCGUCAGAAGAACGCCCUUCUAUCACAUCAGAGAACCCACACAGGAGAGAGACCCCAUGAAUGUCUUGAUUGCGAAAAAAGCUUUAGGAACAAGGCACACCUUAUUAGACAUCAGAGAACCCACACAACAGAGCGACCCUAUGAAUGCCUGGAGUGCGGGAAAAGCUUCCGUGAGAAUUCACAAUUUCUAUCACAUCAGAGAAUCCACACAGGAGAGAGACCCUAUAUCUGCCCUGACUGUGGGAAAAGCUUCAGGCAGAAUUCACACCUCCUAUUACAUCAGAGAAUCCACACAGGAGAGAAACCCUAUAACAGCUCUGACUGUGGGAAAAGCUUUGGUCAGCGCUCACCCGUUUUUGAACAUCAGGGACUCUACAUGGGAGAGAAGCCCUACAAAUGCAGUGAGUGUGGGAAAAGCUUCACUCGGAAGUAUUCCCUUCUCUUACAUCAGAGAACCCACACGGGAGAGAGACCCUAUAACUGCCCUGUCUGCGGGAAAAGUUUCUAUGAGAGAGCAGCCCUUAUUCAACAUCAGAGAAUCCACACGGGAGAGAAACCUUACAAAUGCAAUGAGUGUGGGAAAAGCUUCUGUCGGAACACAUACCUCCUAUCACAUCAGAGAAUCCACACAAAGGAGAAACCCUAUAACUGCUCUGACUGUGGGAAAAGCUUCAAUCAGAGCUCAGCUCUUAUUGAACAUCAGAGACUCCACAUGGGAGAGAAACCCUACAAAUGCAGUGAGUGUGGGAAAAGCUUCACUCGGAAGUAUUCCCUUCUCUUACAUCAGAGAACCCACACGGGAGAGAGACCCUCUAAGUGCCCUGUCUGCGGGAAAAGUUUCUAUGAGAGAACAGCCCUUAUUCAACAUCAGAGAAUCCACAUGGGAGAGAAACCCUAUGAAUGCAGUGAGUGUGGGAAAAGCUUCACACGGAAGUAUUCCCUUCUCUUACAUCAGAGAACCCACACGGGAGAGAAAUCCUAGAAAUGCAAUGAGUGUGGGAAAAGCUUCCAUCAGAACGCACACCUCAUAUCACAUUAGAGAAUCCACACAGGGGAGAAACCCUAUAAUUGCCCCAUCUGUGGGAAAAGCUUCAGCCAGAGCUCACACCUCCUAUUACAUCAGAGAAUCCACACAGGAGAGAGGCCCUUUAACUGCCAUGACUGCGGAAAACCUUCAGUCACAGGUCAGCCUUUGUUUCUCUCUGGAGAAUCCACACAGGGAAGAAACCCUUUUAAUGUCCAGAACGGGGGUAGGCAACCUAUGGCGAGCUGAUUUUUAGUGGCACUCACACUGCCCAAGUCUUGGCCACCG